AUGAUGAUCAGAAAUUAGAGGAGAUAAAUUAAAAAGAGGAUUAAGCUUAUUGUAAUUAUUAGAUUUAAAUUAAUUAAUUGGAUGAAUAACCAAAGGUACAUUAAAUAGUUUAGGAUUCCAUUGAAAAAAAAUGAAAAUUUAAAUCAUUAAUAAAUAAUGCAAUUAUAAGAAAAUCUUAAGAAUGCAAAACUUGAAAUUGAAUAAAAUAUUAAAAAAUAUAUCAGUUUAGAAUUUUAAUUUAGUGAUGUGCAAUCUUGCUAAUAAAAAUAAAUUAAAACAUUGUAAGAUGAAUUUAAUAAUUAAAAUAAAGAGCAUUAAAGCCAAAUCAAAUAAUAUUAGAAUUAAAUAGACAAUAUGCAGUCAGAGAUUGAAAAAUUUUAAGUUUAAUUAUAAAAAUCAGAAUAAAAAUAUUAACAACUUUAAGAUGUUUAAUUAGAUUAGAAUAAAUAGCACAGAAUAGAUACAAAUGAAGAAUUGGUAAAAUUGAAAAAAUCUACAUUAAAUAACUUAAUAAGAAUACGAUCAGAAAAAUGCAAAAUUAAUUGAAUUAGAAAGGUUAAUUUAGUUAUGAUUUUUAGAUUUUUCAAUUUUAGAAUCUUAAUAUAAAGAUUCAAUUAAGAAUUAUGAAAUGUUGAAGUAAUAACUGGAUGAGUUGAAUAUAUAUAGUAGUAGAGAAAUAAAUGAGUUAAAUAAGGAUAUACAAUAGAAAGUACAAAGAAUAAAAUAGAUAUGGGUAGAUAUUUAGUGCAUAUUUAAAAGAAUUUUUAAGCACGCUAAAAAUAAGUUUCUAAUGCCCCUUUAACAAAAAAAGAUAAAAUAGUUAUUGACAAAUGAAUUUGAAGAGAGAAUUUCAUACAUUCAAACUAUUAGCAUAUCAUCUUAGUUAAGCAUAUCCAAAUUUAACUGA